AUGCGCGAGAGAACUAGGUCUUCAACUAAAAGAAAUUUGUUUAAAGCCUCAAAUUUAGAAAGGUUGACAGAGUCAGAAAGAUUUAAAACUAUUGUUAAGGAAACCAGGAAAGCUACUACUAAAACCAUGAACUUCGAAGAGGAUCGAUCUAUUGAAGAUCAUCAAAUUAAAGAAUUGACAGAGCUCGUCACUGUUUUAGCUACCCAGGUACAGGAACUUGUCAAAAUUCAAGCCGAUACGGGAAGGCACAAAAACAAUAUAAAUACUGCUUCACAAGUACAGGCUGAAAUUGCACGGAAUGUCAUCAUUAAAGAAUAUAAAUCUGAAGAAAACUUUGAAGAAUGGUAUGAAAAGUUUAGUACAUAUUUAAGUAUUACCAAUGUGCCGGAAGAGCAGCAUUACAACUAUUUAAAAUUAUAUCUCACAGGAGAUGCUAUGAAUAUGGCAAGAGAGUAUGAUCAAGAUUCAUAUAUAGAGUUAGUAGAACAACUUAAGAAAGAACAUACAGGCGGUAUGGAAAAGGUUACAGCCAGGGAAACCCUUAGACAAAUCAAAAGAAAAAGAAACCUCCGAUAUGAUGAAUUAGAGAAAGUGUCAUCGGAUGUUGAGAAGUGUUGUAAAGAACUUUUAAAAAGGAAAUCCAAGGAGGAUCGAAUUCAAGAACAAAUUGAUAUAAUCAUUGAAUUGUUACCUUCGGAUGUACAACAACAUGUAGAAGACAGAGAAUUCUAUGAAUGGAACCAUUUUAUAGCUGUUGUUAAGAGUAAAUAUGAUUUGGAGAAAAGAAAGAAAUUUGACGAUGAGAGAUUUAGGAAAAUUGACAAGGGAAAGAAAUCUCUAACUAGUAGGAGUAAUGGAUUGACAAAUCCAGAAAAUAAGACAGAUACCAAACGUAAUCCGAUAAUUUGUAAUUCUUGCGGAAAGCAAGGGCAUAUUGCUAAAAAUUGUUAUAGUAAGAAGGAAAUAAAGAAGACAGCUUUAUUAAAUGUAACAGGAGAAGAAAAAAACAACAACACAAAUAACACUGAUGAAGCAUCAGAAGAAAGGGUGAAAGAAUUCUCCAAAUUAUUAUAUAACUCCAUAAAAUAUAAGGAACCUAUGCCUAUAUCUAACAUCAAUUCAAACCGAAUUUUCUUAACACCAUGUCGAAUCUACAAUAUGGAAGUUAUAGGAGCCAUAGAUACCUGUGCUGAUUGUACAAUUAUAUCACGUCACUUGAAAGAUUGUUUAAAGUUGGAAGAAUCUGAUAAAGAAGAAAAAUUAAGUGUUACUGAUGGUCAUAUAAGUUUAAAGAAGUUAAAGGGAAAUUUAUCAAUAACUAUUAAUGAUAACACUUAUGAAUUGCAUGAUACAUUGGUCGCAAAGCAUGACUUUGAAGGAUUUGACAUUUUACUUGGUACCAAUUUAUUAAAACGAUUGAAUGCUGUCCUAGAUUGUCAAACAGGGAAAUUGAUCUUUGAUGAAGAUAAAACUUUAGACCAUAGAGCCAUUUGUCAUCUAAGCAAUAAAUACACUUAUGAGAACAGUUCUAGAUUCUCGUUGAAGCUGAGAAAAGAAUAUGAAGAUUGUUUUGCGGAAAGUGAAAUGGACAUUACCCCUGGAGAAGUUGUAUGUCAAGAACAAUUCUUUUUCGACAGAGAUCCUAAGAAAUAUCCUACUUAUCCUAUUCCAGUAAAUUUAGAAAGCACUGCCAUUGAAAUUGCUGAGCAAUGGGUGAAAGCAGGAGUACUGAAAAGAGGCACAGCAACAUUGAAUCAUCCUACAAUGCUGGUAAAGAAACCCAAUGGUACCUACCGUUUAGUUACAGAUUUACGUAAAAUUAAUGAUAUAACCAAGAAACUAGAUAUUAGACAAAAACCGGUGAUGGAAACCAUUAUGGAAAUGAAACCAUUUUAUUAUUGCUCUCGUAUAGAUUUAAAGUCUGCUUAUGCUCAAUUCAUGCUUCAUGAAAAUAAUAGAAAUGAUUUUGGACUAACAGUAGGCUCCAGAAAUUACAUUUAUCUCACAUUACCAAUGGGAGCGAAAAAUUCUAGCCAUUUACUACACAUAGAAAUGCAAAAAAUAUUUGCUACCUUAAUAAAAUCUAAAGAACUUGUUUUAUACCAUGAUGACGCUCUUUUAUUGACAGAUGAUACAGAUCCUGAAAUACACAUGAAUCUACUUCGUCGUUUCUUUUCUUUAAUGAGAAAAUACAAAUUGAAGGCUUCAUUUAGUAAAUCUUCAUUCUUUUUAAAACAAGUAGAAUUUUUAUCGUUUACUUUUGACAAAGAAGGGUGGAAACCUUCACAAUCUAGCACCACAAAAAUUUUAAACUCCAAAAUUCCACAAACCAAGAAACAACUACUCCGAUUUUUGUUAGCCACUAAUUAUUUUAGAUCUUGUAUAAAAAAUUAUUCUCAAAAAUCUGCCAAAUUGUUUACAUUGACCACAGGAAAGAAAAAUAAUAACAUAAUAUUAGAGGGAGAAAACUUGAAACUUUAUAAAGAUAUUGUUGAGGAAUUAAUGAAUCCACAAAAGUUAAAUUUUGGAGAUCCUAAUAAGAAAUAUUAUUUACAUACAGAUUCGUCUGAAACGGGUUUGGGUGGAUGUUUAACACAAAUGAUUGAUAUAAACGGCGUAAAUGUAGAAAAACCAUUAGCCUUUUAUUCUAUGAAAUUACCAUAUUCUGUUAGGAAAAGGCAUUCGACGUAUCUUGAGCUAAAGGCAAUUGUAGAAUGUCUCAAACAUUGGGCAUAUAUUUUAAUAAAAUGCAAAAAGGGCAUUGAAAUAAUAUGUGAUCAUAAACCUUUGACUACAAUAAAGAAUACAGCUACUGAAAGUAGAUUUGUAGAAUUACUUAAUUAUUUAGCUGAAUUUGACGCUGACAUUACAUACCGAAAAGGGGAAGAUAAUGUAGUCCCAGAUUGGUUAUCUAGACUUCAUGAAUAUGAAAAAGAAAUACAGAAGGAAGAUGAAAUAAAUUUACAGAUGGUAAAUUGGACACAACUAGAAGAAUCUUUACAUACAUAUGCAGUUAUAAGAAAACGAAAGAGGGGAAGACCGAAGAAACCUAAAGUUGAAACCAUAGACAAUGAAAAUGAAUUUAAAUUACUUCAAAUGAUUGCUAAUCAACAAACCAUAUUGAAAACAGAAGAACUAAAAGAACAUCAAGAGAAAGAUGAAACCAUUCAAAAGGCAUUAUCAACAGGAUUUCAUUUAGAUUAUCCUAUAAAAAAAAUUGAUGGAAUUGUAAAAAUCAAAAUAAACAAUAGAACUAAUGAAGACACGGAAGAUCAAUCUUCAAAAGAAGAAAAUGAAGGAUUUGUCUGCUUCAUACCACAAUCAUUAAGCAACAAAAUAAUAUCUCUGCUUCAUGAAAAUGGACAUUUCUCAUACUUAAAAACUAGAGCUAUGCUAAGACAGUUAGCAUACUGUGAAAAGAUGGCAAUGAAUAUAAGAAAAGUUUUGAAUAAUUGUUUAGAAUGUGCUAAAAGAAAUAGUGCACCGACAAGACAACCAAGUGCAAAAGUUACAUCUUAUACUGAAUAUCCUAUGGAUUCUUUAUCACUAGAUCUACUAUGUCCAGUUAUACCCGAUGGGGGAUUUAAAUAUGUUAUGAAUGUACAAGACAACUGUACAAGAUAUUUGUGGAGUAUACCACUAAAAACGAAAUCAUACAAAGAAAUCUUAAAUGAAUUACUCAGAUGGGUGAUGUUACCAUUUGGAAUGGCAAAAUCUAUACGUACAGACGGAGAUGGAAUGUUUUCCAGUGAUAACUUCAUUUCUGAAUGUAAAGAACUAGGAAUUAAUGUAAUAAAAUCAACACCUAGAGACUCUCAAAGUAAUUCUUUGAUCGAAAGAACCUUUAGAACUACUUCUGCUAUAAUUUAUAAAAUAUCAUGUAACAACAACAUUUCUUGGUCAAAAACACUUCCAUUAGUAGCAAAUUAUAUUAACACUUCCAAGACGGGAAAUAUGACUUAUUCACCAUAUGAAAAAUUAUUCUUACAACAACCUCACAAUAUGAUAACACAAUAUUUACAAAGCAAUAUUAAGUAUGUGGAUAGAAAUCAAGAUCUCCAUGAACUUAUGAAUGUAGCAGCAUAUAUAAGACAUUUAGAUAAUGAAUAUUCUGAGGAAAUUAAGGCAAGAAUAAAUGAAAAGGCCAAAGUAUUAAAUAUCAUUUAUAAACCUGGAGAUAAGUUCAUGUAUAAAAAGAAUCUUGAGGGAAAGUUUAAAGACUUAUACCAAGGACCAUUUAUAGUAAUUAAAGAUGUUGGGACUAAGGUCACCUUUAAAGCUAAGAAUGGAAAAAUUUUGACAGCAAGCAAGGCUAAAAUUAAAAGAUUCUAUGGAGACCUUUAA